UGUGAGAAUUUAUAUUGUAUAAUCGGGUUUGGUAGUAUGGGAAAUGGAAGCACAUGUGAGGACACUUGAGGAUCGUGAAAUUAUGGCGCCGCUAGUAUAGGCCCAGUUGCUUCAUCGCGUGCAGCUUUCGGGUGAGCAUGUCCACUUCCACCGCGCAGACGCUCGACAGUUGACUAGUAGUACUAAGAACAUCUACUAAAUGGGUGUACCGAUCGACCACAAACGUCGUGUUGGAGUCGGGGAUGCCGUGGAACGUCUUGAGUUUGCGCAGAUUGGGCGGCGACAGGAGCAGCCAGUUGGCGUCGCUUGAGAUGGCGUUCAUGACACACGCGAACGACGAGCAGUGGUCCACCCCCAUCGCAUGCAGCAGCUCGUGGGCCGACGUGACCAGCAACGACUUGAGAGACUGGUUCAGAGACACACACGCCACCCGAUCCGGGUACGAUCGACCGAGCACUUCGACAAACACGCCGUCCACGUCUUCCACCAACCCCAGCGGAGUCACCACGAGCAUGCUAAAGUACGGCGACUGAACAAACUUGGCGUGUUCGAAUGCCUCAAAGAUCGAGAACACGUCCAGGCAAACGUCGUUGGGAGAUCGCUUUCGCUUGGAAGUCAAAUUCUUCUUCUGCUUUGUGACCUGUCCUGGUGUACCCACACGGCCAAUGUACUCGGAACCGUGGAUACGAAGGGACCUGGAACUGGCGUUCCACUCCGCAGCGUCGGUGGGGAGUAUGUCGACAUCGAUGCAAAGGUAUGCCGCGAGGAACCGACGAAGCACAUCGCAAGUAAUCUCUACAGACGAUUUGGAAUCCGUGGUAGAUGGCUUGGCAGACGAAGUCGGAAGCAUCAAGAGCCCGAGCUUCCGUCGACGUGGUGUCCUUUUCCACCGUCCAGUGCCUUUCGCAUUGGGGCGUCGCUUUCCCAUGUCGACAAACUCGUCAUGGGUUUGGUCAUCUUCGUCCGAGAAGCACGUGUCACCAUCAGGCUCUGGAUGAAACUCGGCAAUUGUGGGAUGGAAGAUGUCGGCACCGUACCCCGCGCCAACUGCCGCCGCUUGCGCUGCAUUCAUCAAAGCUAAG